AUGAAGAGGAUCAAGCAGAUUGACAUAAAUCGAGCUCUCGCUAUGGCUGGCACCUUUAACUUCCUGUGCUCCUGCGCUAGAGCAUGCUUGCUGCCCUUCCUCACCCUGUACUUCAGACAGCUUGGCCUGACUCCUGCCAUGACGGGCAUCGUCAUGGGUACCAAGCACUUUGUUACGCUGGUGUGGAGCCCCGCGGCGAGCCUGCUCUCCAAACACUACAACAAGAGACGAGCGGUGAUCUGCGGCUCUGUCGUGUUUUCAGCAGCAGCCGCUCUGCUCCUCCUGCUCAUCCCGCACACGGAUAUGCAUGCAUGGACUUGUAACGCCUCGGAUCCGCACGUCAGCCCGACCCAAAAUCCAUCUGAUAUACUGUUAGUGAACAUCACUGGACCUGUAACAUCCCACCCAAAACUUCAUGUUUCCCAGUCGCUUGUCACUCAUCUUCCUGAUGCUGAUAGGAAAGCUCCUGUUAUUACAAAUGAAACUUCACCUCAUCAUCAUCACCAUCACAAUCACAAUCAUACCACUGAAUCUCCUCUUCUUUAUGUGCCACAAAAGAAUGACUCAAAGGUGCUUGAAAGUUCCAGCAGCUCUUUGGCAACUCCAGUCAGAAACAAGAGGUCUGAGCUGAAAUCAGAGCAGCCCACGGGGGAGAAAAAGGAUGAGAGUUCUUUGGGCUUCCUGGGCAGCCUAAAGGCGAUGGACACUCAGCAUCAGCUCUUCUUCUUGAUACUCAUCAUCGUGUGUGUGUGGGAGGCGGCGUCCGCCCCCCUGGAGUGGAAUGUAGACGACGGCCUCUACGAAUAUUUAGAUUUCGCGGACGCCUCGGACCGCUACAGCAGCACCAGAGUGUGGGGUGUACUUGGAGCGGCAUGCGGGGUUGGGGGAACCGGCCUGCUGGUGAGCCAACUGACGUGCCUCAUAGCUGCUCAGACCUCGAGGAGUGUGGUGCAUUUCUACUGCUAUGCCAGCCUAGCAUUUCUGGUCCUGCCCCUGGCCAUGUCCCUCCCUCUCUACCUGAACAAGAAGCGAAACAGGACCAGCGGGCUCCUGAAAGCCCUGCAACUGGUGCGCGGCUCCCCACAGGCUGUGCUCUGCGUCUUCACCACCCUGCUGGUCGGGGUGGCGAAGUCUCCCAUCGACAACUUCCUACUGUGGCAGAUGCAGGAUCGCGGAAGCAGUGAGCUGCACAUGGGACUAUCUCUUGCCCUCGCUCUGCUCUCGCAGGCCGCCUUCCCUCUGAUGGCUGGCCGAGUCUCCAGGCUGCUCGGCCCUAGGAGGAUGCUCGCAGUUGGAGCCGCGAGUCUUGGCCUGCAGUGCUUCUACUACUCCUUCCUCUGGGGAGCGUGGGCUGCACUGCCUGCUCAGGUGCUGAGUUGUUUCAGCAGCGGAGCUCUCUGGUGGGCCGUGAAGCUCCAGUGUGAGGACAUCGCCACACCAGGGGCUGAGAGGAGCGUCAGGAGGGUCUACAAGUCCCUCUCUAUUCAUCUGGGUAGUGCACUGGGGAGUUUGGCCGGAGGGUUUGUGGCCCAAAGCAUCGGGCUUACAUGGAUGUUCAGAGGACUGGCGAUGGUUUUGAUGGUAUGGUGUGUGUGCCUGCCCCUGCUCCAGUGGAAAGCACCCCACCACCGCAGGAUUAACUAUUCCCGCCUGCUGGCAGCGGAUGCAAGCGAGGCCAGUGACUCCGAGUCAGAACAGGAGAGAGACUGGCUUGAUAAAGCAAUGGAAAAUGACAAAAGCAACAACAACAGUGGAAGGAGGGUAAACCACUAA